GCCGCAAGCAUAGUGGUGAAAAGAGAAACCCUUGGUUAGAGAUGGUGAGCCAACGGCAGCGACUUGCUCGAAAGCGAUUCAAAUCAGAGCACCCUGAACUGUUCCCCAAAUCAGAACCAACUCCCCCUAAAGACCCUGAAAAGAAGAAGAAGAAGAAGAUAAAGAAGAAAACGAAUGUGUUGAAGCCCAAACAACAAGGGUUCAAAACCAAUUCAAGAAAACACCCUCUUAGAGUUCCUGGUAUGAAGCCCGGUGACACCUGUUUUAUCUGCAAGUCCAUUGACCAUAUUGCUAAGCUCUGUCCCCAAAAAUCUGAAUGGGAAAGGAACAAGAUAUGUUUGCGGUGUAGACGACGUGGUCAUAGAGCCAAGAACUGCCCUGAGGUGCAAGAUGGCACCGACGAUGCCAAGUAUUGCUAUAAUUGUGGUGGAACUGGGCACUCACUUUCAAAUUGUCUUCAUCCUCUUCAAGAAGGAGGGACGAAGUUUGCUGAGUGCUUUGUCUGUAAUCAACGUGGACAUUUGAGUAAAAACUGCCCUCAAAAUGCUCAUGGCAUUUAUCCAAAGGGUGGUUGCUGUAAAAUAUGUGGUGGUGUGACACAUUUGGCAAAGGAUUGUCCUGACAAAGGGAAGAUGGGAUCCAUUGCUGCUAACGGGCCUUUUGAUAGAUCAAUAAGAAAUGAAGAGAGGCCCAGGGGUCAGGUUACCAAAUUUAUAAGCGGAGACGAUAGUGAGGAUGACUUCAUGACAGAAGACAUAAAUAGUGGCGACAAGAACAAGUCCUCAAAGUCAAAAGAUGGCCAUGUAAAACCAAAGAAGAAGGGACCUAAAGUUGUGAACUUUAUCUGAGGAUGGUUAAAUCUUAAUGUAUUGUGUGGAUGUUGGUUUCUACCCGCCAUUUUCUUUAUUCUUCUAUACUAGGCCCCCACUAUUCGUUGCAAUCUGCAGAAUCUCUUCCAGAAUGAAUGUAAUCGCUUCUGCAAGUCUUGGGUUGCCUAAAAUUUUGGAGCAUUGACAUGAAAACUAAAAGUAUUGCAUCCUGUUGCUUAUUAUUAUUAAUCCUACGGUGCUUUCAAAAAGCAAACUAAAAAUUUAACAAUAUUUUUUUUUGGGUGCAAUUGCUAGUUUGCUAACUGUCUUAGUUGUUGAUUUAUUG